AUGAAUCGGAUGAGAAAAAACUUUUUUUUUUCUUGCAAGGUAACGUUUCUUCUAUUUGUGGCAUCACACAACCUUCUUGGUCCAUCGGGUAACUUCUUGGUCAAAGCAGAUUCCUAUAAAAAAUGGACCUUAAAUGAUAACGACAACAAGAUCGAAAAGGUGGGGAACGUAAAAUCGGAGCCAUCACCGGUAGGGUGGGGUGUCUACCUUGAUGGAUCAUCAAACACCUACGUUAAACUAGAUGGCUACGAUAAGCAAUGUCUAGGGAAUCCUUCAGAAUGUGACUUUACCAUCGGAUUUUUUAUGAAGUUAUUUCCCAAAUCCGGAGUGCAGUUUUACUUUGGGAAUAAAGUGGACGGACUUUUGUACGAAGGUGUAAACAUAUACCAAAAUGGCAGUUUAAGAGUAGAAGUUUUAGGGAAGACUACUUACUGCACACGCGUCAUAAAGCCACCUCAGGGUGUAUGGUUUUAUCUGGGGAUCGUUUGGAACAAGGUAGGAACCUUGGGCGUGUAUUAUGACUCCUGGUUUGGCCAUUCUGUCCAUUCCCGCUGUGGAAGUAAUUUCAAAGAACUAGUGAAGAAAGACGCGUACCACCUAGGCAGAUACACGUACCCUACUGCGUACUAUGACAAUUUAGAGAUUUGGUACUCUGCACAGUCUAGAAGUGUUUUUGAUGCGAGGUGGAAAGAAGCAUUUGAUGGCAGUGGACAAUAUACGGUUAUGAAAUUGACCAUUAUCUUCCCUGAACUGCUCUACAGUGCUGGUAACGUUGAUCAGGACGAGUUUUUCAACAAAAUUAAGGAUUUGUUCAUUAACGACACGCAUUUUCGAGACGCCACGGACGUCUCAGUUUCACAAAGUGAUGACCGUGCCACAGCGGUAUCAUUGACUUUGGAAUUUAAUCGCACUCAAAACCUUUGGGAAUCCAUCCUGACUUUUCAGCUUGCAAUGGAGAAUGGUGCUCUUCUUGGGUCUCCUGGCAUGUUUGAUGAGGCUUCUUGUCGGAACACUGAUGAUAGCCAUUUUUUUUGCGAGAUACCUGCAAACUUUACCAUAUCAAAGGUCACAGCAUCCACAGCAAAAUUAAUAUUCGAGCAGGUUUCCGUUGAACCACACGAAAACUAUUUCUUCGGGUACAGAGUCAUAUACAAAAAUCUGGAUGAUCCCAACUCAAAGUGGACCAUUAAAGACAAUGUUCGGCGCUAUUUGCCACCGAAACCCAUACAGCACCAGAUUUCCUCACUUAAAUCCUAUACGAAUUACAGCUUUCGUGUCUAUGCAGCAUCCUUCAAGUCUGCUGGCCUCAUUUCGGAAGCUAUCGAAGUGAGGACAGAUGAGUCAACUCCUAGCGUUGGUCCAGACAUUGUUACCAGCCAAAGCACCAGCUCCACUUCAAUCUAUGUGCAAUGGAGCCACACAAUUUCAGCUAAUAAAGUCAAUGGCGUUUUGAUCGGUUACAGCGUCAAAUGGAAUGACGAACAUUUUCACCAUGGUCACCCUUACAGCUCAAAGGGUAUCAAACAUCUGGGACUUAACGCCACAAAUUUCACCAUCAUCUCACUUCACGAAUACUGGCCUUAUACAAUUUCGGUAUCUGGAAGAACAUCGAAGGGACCUGGAGUAGGGACGGAAAGAAGAGGGGUGAAAACCAAAGACGAUGUUCCUUCAGAGGCACCGUACAAAAUACAGCUUCACACGGUGAACGCAACCACUUUAAAUGCUACUUGGCGAGAUGUGCGUUUGAUUCACCAAAAUGGCGUUAUUCUGGGUUACCGUGUUCGCUUUCAGCAUGCAGAUGACGGUCCUCUGUUGUGGAACAUGACCACUGGACCAGACGUCCAUGAUUUCCUUUUCACUGAUCUUUUGAUCUUCCAGAAUUAUUCAGUACAGAUGCAGGCUUUCGCCGGAAAAGGUGAUGGACCGUGGAGUAACAAAGUGUACCAGUUGACGGAUGAAUCAACCCCUAUAAAUUCUCCUGUUAAUAUAACAGCUUACAAUGUCAGCUCACGGGAAAUCAAAGUUUUUUGGAACUAUGAUGAUAACCCUCGACUGAUUCUUGGCCACCUGCAAGGAUUCACACUGUAUUUUCUAGAAGCCAAUGCGAGUGAUGUUUUCCCAGAAGAUGCAAACUUAAAAACGUUUGAAACUCACAACAGAACUUUGCGAAGUAAGAUCGCCAAAGAAUUGGAAGUAUAUCGGCUAUACAACAUUACUAUAGCAGCUCGAACAGCAAAGGGUACAGGUCCCACAAAUGAGUCAUUUGUGGUCAGAACUCACGGUGAAGUCCCCGGCGCUCCCCCCCGGGCUUUCACUGCCCACAACACAAGUACGUCAAGCCUAUAUGCCCAAUGGCAGGAAAUAGUGAAAGACAAACAACAUGGAAUCAUGCUGGGAUACAAGCUGUUUGUAUACGAGUUAACCAAAAGGGGUUCAAAAAGUAUGGAAAAUCGUACUUACGGAUUGGAUAUAGUAGAGACCAACUUCACAGGACUCAGGACUUUCACCGAAUACAGGAUAGAGAUUUUAGGGUUUAAUAAUUAUGGGGACGGUCCGAUUGUGGCAGAGGAGUUGUUCACGGAGGAGAGCGUUCCGAGUCAGCCGCCCUCUAAUUUCACAGCUUACAAUGUGAGUUCCACCAUUAUCUUUGCCACUUGGAAGCCUGUGGCCGAAUGUUGCCGGCUUGGAAUUAUUCGAGGUUAUCGUGCAACAUUGACAGACCCAAGCAACGCUUCGGUGACAAUGACAAAAACAGUUACCUUGAUGGGUACAUGGUUCCUAGCGCUGAAAAAGUUUCAUACCUAUCAGAUAUCCAUUGUCGCAUUCACAUCUAAGGGAAAUGGACCUAAAGUUUCCACGCUAGCGUCUACCGAUCAGGAUGUUCCAGACGCACCGCCACAGAAUGUAACCGGUCAUAACAUAAGUCAAACAGAAAUCAGGUUACUAUGGCAGCCAGUUCCUCGAGACAAACUUAAUGGAAUUUUGAUGGGCUACAAAGGAUCUUGCUGGAUAGCACAGGGUUACCAGGGUUUUGUUGAAAAACAAUUUAACAGCUCUGUUCUGGAGGGAGUUGUAGAUGGAUUAAACGCUUUUACGACCUACGCAUGCAAAGUUAAAGCGUUUACUAUCAAAGGCGACGGUCCAUCAAGUUCAGUUAUAUCAGUAAAAACUGAAGAGGAAGCACCUCGAGUAGCACCAACAAGUUUUUAUGGGAAGAAUUCAAGUUCAACAUCUAUCUCACUGCAGUGGACUAGCAUUCCUGCCGCGUACGUCGCCGGAGUACUUAGAAACUUUUACAUCGCUUAUCGUCAAUUAGACACAGCUGAAAACACGACGCACACUGUAACUGUGCCACCAACAAACCUUACGGUUGAAUUAACUAACCUAAGGAAAUACACCAAUUACAGCAUUGAAAUUAUGGGAGUGACAAAGUUUAUAGGGAUAGGCACUGAGCCGAUUAUAGUUUCCACUGACGAAGACAUUCCAAGUCUUCCUCCUCAAGACAUCAAGCUGCAAAAUUCCAGCUCCACAAGUGUAUUUGUCCAAUGGAAACCAAUCCCCAAAGACAACGUUCACGGUAAACUCCUGGGAAUCAAACUUCUUUAUCGAUCUGCACAAAGGGACAACAGCAUAGUGUUCAGGUCCCGCGCGAGGCGUUCGAUCGUGAGCGACUGGUCCGCCUACACCAAUAUUACUUUACCUCCGAACGCUCUUUCCUAUAACAUAACGUCUCUUGAGAAAUUUACGAACUACACUGUGGAAAUACUGGGUUUCACCUCGAAAGGAGAUGGAAAUAUUAGUCACAGGUUUAUUGUAUCUACGGAUGAGGAUGUUCCUAGUAUGCCACCGGCAUCUCUUACUCCCAUAUCCCGCACUGGGGACUUCAAAAUGGAUGUGAGGUGGGAACCAGUGCCAGUUGGCUUUGUACAUGGAAUUCUGUUGGGAUACCGCAUUUACUUUACAAAGGUGCAAGAGUUAGGACGAUUCUCUACCUCCAAGACGGAAGCUGUGACUGUUGGACCUUUUGAACAGAACACCACAGUAACGCCGCUAAAAAACUUUGCUGUUUAUGAUUUGCAAAUUGCAGCGUUCACGAUCAAAGGAGAAGGAGUUUUGACCGAUAUCAAAGACGGAUCGACCUGUAGGUGCCCCCGAGAGUUUAAAACCACCUGGUACCCGUUUCCCCCGUAUAUCACUUACGAAAACGGCACCGUGGGUGGCUUCAUCCCUCGAAUCCUGGAGGGGGCAGUGGAAUACUGCUGCAGUGACUGUGUCCUCGCCAAUGGCAAACCUGCCUCUACCAUCGACUUUGAGCUUGAUGGGAAGGGAGACCUUGCACGGAAGAGGGGCGUCGAGGCUCUGAUUAGCAGCAUUGAUUCACUGACGGAUUUUAGCACGCCAGUGAAUGGGUUCGACGGGCAGACGCAUUACUCUUUGUACAGAUACGUCAAAUUAGCAGAGUCCCCUGGAGUGGGUUUUAUCACAGUGAUGGAUCCGCACGAAAAAGCCAUCGCGAUUGCAAAUGUUUUUAUUCAGUCAUGGCCGCUGCUUCUCCUCUCCCUAAUCAUGAUGGUCGCAGCUGGAAUCCUAAUGUGGCUGCUGGACGCUCGAUCUAACAGCCGAGAGUUCCCAGGUUCUUUCAUCCGAGGAGCCCCUGAAGGACUUUGGUGGGCCUUUGUUACAUCCACCACUGUAGGCUACGGCGACCGCUGUCCUAGAGGAGUGCUGGCUCGCUUAUUUGCAAUUACUUGGACUUUGAGUGGUUUGGUGGUUGUUGCCAUUUUAACUGGAAGAGUUGCCACAGUUCUCACUGAAUUUGGUUAUAAAGGACCCUACAUACCACUCUAUGGUGCAAAGGUUGCAGCUAUUGCGAACAAUUCUGAUUUUCGACUCGGUGUGCGGAAGAAUGCACGGGUGAACACAGUCCGUAUCUACAAGAGUUAUGAAGAAAUCAGCCGUGCUUUGGGGAAUCAAGAAGUGAAAGGCGCUUUGGUGGACCUUUAUGUGCUGUCCUCUCACAACUACCUGUUUAAUGACCCUCGCUUCAGGAUCGUUCGGAUAUACGAUUACAAGGCCAAUUAUGGGGUGGUCCUUGCAGGGCACUCCAUGAAGCUAGAGCAGUGUUUUACCGAGCAUAUCAAGGCUCACUCAGGCAUUGUGUUCCAGAAAAUUGAAGAUAAUAUCAAGUUUCUUAGGGAACCAGAUCACAGCCCGGCCGAACAAAAGUCUACGGAGCUGUUCAGCAUUACCUCUCUAGAGUUUAUCACUGCAAUCUCGAUCGUCGGGUCGCUGUUGAUACUGGCUUGUGUGCUCGGAAUUGUGUACGAUAAGCGACGAAAGAAAACUGAUGUUUUAACUCAAAGUAAGGACCUUAAGAACGAGAUGUCACAAGUUUUACACAGUUUCAUUGCGAGAUUGAAGAAAAAGCUUGAAGUGAUCUCAAAACGGCACAGGGUACAGAGAUUUCACCUAAAGCACACGGAAAGAGAGUGUGACCAACAAGCCGCGACUACGGUCCAGAAGUAUUAUGAAGUACUGAGCUUGCGUGACAUUCGGCAAGAAUGGUCCCCACGCAACCUAACUGUCAGGAGUGUCACGUCAUCAUUGCGUAGCAAGCACUCCUACAAUCUCACGCUGUGGCCAUUUGCAUUUAGUGAAGCGGGAUAUGAUUCUUCUCUCAAAGUUGUAACAAGUCGGAAAUUUCCCUUGAGGAGAAAAUCUGGGUUUAACCUUCCUGUCCCACUAGAGCCAGAAGUCCGUAUCAUGGAUCAGACAAACCUUUAGAGAUAUUGUUUGUGACAGGCUUUCUUUCAUGCCAGUUAUUACAAAAAAAUUGUUUCCCCGAAAAUGUUCCAAAAUACGCAAAAUGGUAAUAGAAUGUCAUCAUCAUCAUGAUCAUCAUCAUCAUCAUCUUUAUUUGCCUUAUUUUAACAAUUA